AACAAUAUAUGCACAAUAAAUUUCUCUCUUCACGUGCCCAUGUUCAGCGUGUCAUGUGACCCUCUUUCUCUGUAUUGAGCUUCGUAGUGGCAGUAGACAGAGAGAAACCAAGAGCAUGACUCGCUCAGGAAACGGGUCAUCCUCUUCCAUGCCUCCACUUCUUCUUCCUCAUUAAUCAUUCAUUUCCUUUGUUUGAGCGAGUGUUGACUUUUAUCGCAAUUCGCAAUUCGCAAUUCGUCUCUCUUUUUAAUCCUUUCAGAGAUGCUUCAUUACUUGUAGAGCAACUCCUUUUUAUCCUCUCUCUCUUUACUUGUUUCAAUACUCGCACUUACACUCCAUCUGUAUAUGUAAACGGCAAUCAGAAACAAGUGAUGGGCUGCUUUCAGUCGAAAACCACCCAUUUAGCUUCUCCCGACCAAGAGCCCCUUCCCCCUCAAGAAGCCAAAGCAGAUCUCGCUAAUGGAGUUACUGACCAUGACCAUGACCAUGACCAUGACCAUGACCAAGACCUAGACCAAGUCCCACCCUUCAGAGAGUUCGCCUUGGCGGAACUGCGAGUCGCCACCAACGGAUUUAGCAGCGAUUUCAUAGUCUCUGAGAGUGGAGACAAGGCUCCCAAUGUGGUCUACAGAGGGAAGCUCAACGGCAAUCGCCUUGUCGCCAUCAAGCGCUUCUCCAGGGUCUCCUGGCCGGACCCUCACCAGUUUGUGAUGGAGGCUUCUGGAGUUGGCAAAGUUCGGCAUAAGAGAUUGGUCAACUUAAUUGGGUGUUGCGCCGAGGGAGAUGAGCGCUUAUUGGUGGCCGAGUACAUGCCUAACGAUACCCUUUCUAAGCAUCUCUUUCACUGGGAAAAACAACCAUUGCCAUGGGAAAUGCGCGUCAGAGUUGCUUACUUUAUUGCUCAAAUACUCGAUCAUUGCAAUGCCCAAAACCGUAAACUUUAUCAUGAUUUGAAUGCCUACAGAGUCCUUUUUGAUGAGAAUGGUGAUCCUCGAUUAUCUAGUUUUGGUCUGAUGAAGAAUAGUCGAGAUGGGAAAAGCUACAGCACAAACUUGGCUUAUACUCCCCCAGAAUUUUUGCGGACAGGUAGGGUCAUCCCUGAGAGUGUGAUCUACAGUUAUGGAACUAUCCUGCUGGACCUCUUGAGUGGGAAGCAUAUCCCUCCAAGCCAUGCGUUGGACUUGAUAAGGGGGAAGAAUUUAUUGUUAUUAAUGGAUUCAUCCUUGGAAGGACAAUAUGCAAAUGAAGAUGCGACUGAAUUGGUGGAGCUAGCCUCCAGAUGUCUACAGUAUGAGGCUAAAGAUCGACCUGAUAUUGAGUUUCUUCUCUCAGCAGUUUCACCCCUUCAGAAGCAGAAAGAGGUUGCAUCACACGUGCUAAUGGGUCUAUCAAGAACUCCUGUGGUGUUGCCAACCAUGCUUUCCCUGCUUGGAAAGGCUUGUGUGAGAAUGGAUCUUACUGCAGUGCAUGAUAUCUUGCUUAAAACAGGCUAUAAAGAUGAAGAAGGUGCAGAAAAUGAGUUGUCUUUUCAAGAGUGGACUCAACAAGUGCAAGAUAUGCUGAAUACAAAAAAAUUUGGUGACAUUGCUUUCAGAGACAAGGAUUUUAAAAAUGCUGUUGAUUAUUAUACAAAGUUGGUAUCGAUGAUGUCUGUUCCCUCGGGUACUGUUUUUGUGAGGCGAGCCCUAUCAUAUUUGAUGAUUGGCCAAGCAGAACUUGCCUUGAGAGAUGCCAUGCAGGCUCAGGUGUGCUUGCCUGAGUGGCCGACUGCAUUCUACAUGCAAGCUCUUGCACUCUCUAAGCUUGGAAUGGAAUCUGAUGCUCAGGACAUGCUUAACGAUGGAGCUUCCUUUGAGGCAAAGAAGCAGAGCAGCUGGCGCAUUUGAAUUAGCUUUGUGGGCGCUGAACGUACAAAUCAAGUUUGUCAUCUCCCUGUGAUUGGCUAUGACAAAGACGUGAGUAGGAGCAAAUUUCAUAUGCUGUGAGGGUUAUUUUGGUAAAAUGCCCCCCAAAAGUAGAAAGCAAUUAGUGAGAAAUAAGUUGGGCAACAAGCUAACUAAUUAUACCAACUAGCUGUUGACUUUUAUUUGGGCUGUUGUUUAUUCUACUCUGAUAAUAUUAUGAGGCGGUUUUACCCAAAUUGGCCGUUUGAAUAGAAUUAUGCAUCAAAGAGCCAGACAACUUUCGGGAGAUUGGAAAAACUCAGGUAGCUGUGCAGGAAAUGGUGGUUCUUUUUUAUUUUUAUUUUUAAUGUGAAAUGAUUGCUUGAAAUUCAGUCCAUUUUUUUUCCUUGUAA